AUGACAGACACAGUUACAUAAAGUAUUCCAAGAAGAGAAAAAACAUGGGCAGAAUUAGCCGAAGAAGAAGAUGAUUAUUUGGAAGAAUUAUAAAAUUAAGUUUAAUUUUUAAAUUAUACUUAGAAUAAAAAUGAAUCAAGUCAAUUAGCGGGAAAAUAAUUAACUAACUUUCAGAAAAGAAUGAUCGAAAGGAUACAAAAAUGUGAUAAACCCAUAGAAGUAGGUCUAUAAUAAGUUCGAGAUACUAUAACGAUGGAAGAAAUUAUUAUUGCAUUUAAAAAAUACAAUAUAAGAGAUUGCUAUUUUAAAAAUGACAAUUGCUUCUUUUAUUUGCCAAAGGAGUAAUCCAUUAAAUUAGUCGAAGAGAGCAAUCUAAGAAUCACUAUAAACGGUAGGAGUAUUUUGAUAGUGAUCCUACCAUUAAAAAUUUGA